AUGCUGGCUUCCAGAGCAUGUAUGAAUGCAUACGUAUUGACAUUCAACUGUGCGAGAAACACCAUUGAUACCCACGUAUUUGCCUCCCAUUUAUUCGAUGGCCUCUCAAAGGAUUCCGACCCAAUCUACUACCCGGAAGUCUUAGUUCUCUCACUCCAAGAAAUCGCGCCUAUUGCAUAUGCGUUUCUCGGAGGACCCUUUCUAGAAUGGUAUUUUGACGCCUUUAGGCUUGCUGUCGACCUGGCAACACCGGAAGACCAGCGGUACCAGAAUGUCAUGACGAAAAAUGUGGGAAUGACAGCCAUCAUGGUAUUCGUUCGUGAUGAUUUCGUCGACCGUAUUGCAUGGAAGGAAACAGCAGGGGUUGGUGUUGGAGUUCACCAGGCCGGCAAUAAAGGUGCCGUUGGGGCAAGAAUAGGCUAUCAGGCGGACUACGACAGCGAAGAUCAGCUUGUCCUGACUUUCGUAUCAUCACACCUUGCACCCGAUGAAAAUGGUAUCGAAAGGAGGAAUCAAGACUGGAAAGAUAUAUGCCAGAGGCUUGUCUUUACCAGCUGUGAUGUAACGGGCGGACCUGGACGCCCGGAGGGCCGACAGCACGACGAAGAAGGAACACCACUUAUUCCCGGUUAUCUUGGUGCAACAAGGAGCAGCGGAAUGUAUUCGCCAAACUCAUAUCUAUUUAUAGCGGGUGACCUUAACUAUCGUACAUCACAUAGAGGCCCAGAGCCUGGUGAUAUACCAGCAUUUCCCCAUCCUACAAAUGAUACGAGCAGCAGCAAUCAUUAUACUCACCUGCUUGCCCACGACCAGCUAACGCGAGAACUUCGAGCAAAAAAGACUAUGCAUCAUCUUUCGGAACAGCCCAUUACUUUCCCCCCAUCGUAUAAAUACUCCCUAGAAGCCCGCGAGAAUUGUUCAUCACACCCUGCUAAGGGUUUCAUGUGGGCCAAAAAUCGAUGGCCCAGCUGGUGUGAUCGCAUUUUAUACGUUGAUAACCCAUUUCCAGGAGAUGAAUCUCAUAAAGUCCAAGCUCACCAUUACGGUAUACUACCCUUGUUCCCAACAUCAGAUCAUCGUGCCGUCGUCUUGUCCCUUUCAAUCCCUCUCAAAACGCCGCCAGCAACCCAAAGCCCAGCUAUUUCCCCUCCUUUCGAAAUCGACCCCGAAUGGCAAGGUAAACGUUCACUUGCCAGAAAGAAGGAGCUUGCUGUUGGCGUCCUGGCUUACUUAGUUCUUACCUGGGAAGGGAACGGCUUGAUAUUAGCAGCAAUUUUGGGAGUUGCUGCCGGAUACUUCACACUAUAUGGACUUGAAUAA